AUAUAAUCAAACACCCGACUGUAUCCACAAAGGUGUUUAUUCAUAUCAGCUGAUAACGCAAUUGUAAAUAGCAGUGGAACAAAGAAUUUUAUCUAGUACGCCGGUAUACACCCCGAUUAUUUGGAGGAACAAUCAUUCAUUUGAAUCAUCCGGUAGGUGCCAGUAGUUGGAUAGUCGCACUGUACAUUAGUUUUAUGGAUAGUACCAACAGUAGAGUGAUUGAGUGAACACGACAGACGCAAUGGAAAGAACCGGGUCUACGGACAAAGAUAAGUGGGGCUGGAUUGUGUGCUUCGGAACUAUUAUUAGUUUUAUCGCGGCCAUUGGUCAUGUGAACUCAUUUGGUCUGAUAUACAAUGAUUUCAUCGUCGACACCCAUUCUACAGCCAAAUCUUUGACUACGGCACACGGUGUCUUUGGAAUCAUGUUAGCUGUUGGAGGUAUAAUUCUCAACAUAAUGUCUAAAAGGUGUUCUCUAAGAACAGGAGGUCUUAUUGGAGCUGUUAUAAUGAUCAUAGGAUCAUUUUCAACAAUUUUCAUAACGAACACUAGCCAAUUACCUAUAACAUUCGGAGUGUUACAAGGAGUUGGUUUUGGAAUGAUGGUACCAGUAUGCUACGCUACCAUAAACCAUUAUUUUGUAAAGAAAAGAACCACAGUCAUGAGCAUAUGCAAAGCUGUGCAAGGAUUGAUAUUGAUCUUGUACCCACACUUAUUGAAGAAAAUAUUGUACUCAUAUGGAUUUAGAGGAACCUUACUCAUCAUAAGUGGAAUAUCAUUGCAUACAAUUCCGGGAAUGUCAGUGAUGAUAACGGAAAAGAAGACUAAACGAAAUAUAAGAACAGCAAAUGAAGCUGAGAAAGGGGUGAAAGAAAUUGAAAACAUUAUAUUAUUGAAUAAUAAGCAAGACGAGCAAGUUGUUAAUGCGAACGUUGAUAGUAGCGUCAAAAAAGAUGAUAAGAAAAGAAAAGGUGUAAAUAAAAUAAGCCUUGAAUUAUUAGAGAUAUUGAAUAUUAAGGUGCUCAAGGAUGUAGUCUUCUGCAAUAUUUGUCUUGGACAGAGCUUCGUAAAUUUUUCGGAUUUGACUUUCUUUAUUCUGCAACCUAUGCUGCUCUUCCAGUAUGGCUACGAUACAGCGCAGGUAGCGGCUUGUAUCUCGACAUGUGCCGGCGCCGACGUCGCAGGGCGUUGCGCUCUUGCGUUCAUUAGCAGCGUCAUUCCUAUCAACACUAGAAUAUUGUUCUAUGUGUCCACGCUCUUCACUCUCAUCUUCAGAUUAGUGGUACUCCAAGUUCGUCAGUUUGUGUGGGUGAUCACAUUGACUGGUUGUUUGGGGGUGUUGCGAGCUUGGCUGCACGUGGCUAGUCCACUGGUCAUCUCCAACCACGUGUCACACCAAGAUUUCCCUGGAGCCUACGCACUCUUCAUGCUGGCAGCUGGUAUUGUCAAUGUGUCGUGCUCACCUGUUGUUGGUUUACUUAAAGACAUUUAUGAAGAUUAUAUACCAGCAUUUUACGCUCUGACUUUAUGCUGCUUACCCUGUUUGAUGUGUUGGCCAGUCGAAUACAUCAUCAGAAGGGAUUACGACACAAGAAAAUAAUCAUGAAGAAUAUCGAUGAGACCACAUUAAAAUAGAUCUCUCUUUUGGAUCAAACUUUUGUAUAAAUAAGACGGCUAUAAGAAAUCAUAGUCAGUUCCAAAAUCUAAAGACAUAAUUAGCAGUAUUUAUUAAAAUAUAAUAUGUGUAUUUCAUUACAACACUCAUUA